CGUCUGCCGUCAGGAUGAUUUAACCAUGCGUGCGUGCGUGCGUGCGUGCGUGUGUACAGGCGAGGUGGUGAGAUUGACAGUCGUCAGGGGUGAUGAUGGACAGCUGGGCUUUAGUGUGCGAGGAGGAUCUGAACAUGGACUCGGUGUUUUCAUCAGCAUUGUGCAGAGGAAGAGCGCCGCAGAGCUGGCAGGGUUGUGUGUUGGUGAUAAGUUAAUAGAGGUCAACAGUGUCAGUCUGGAGAAUGUCAGUAUGAGCAGUGCUGUGAAGGUUUUGACGGAUCACGCUCGACUCCGAUUGGUCGUUCGGCGGUUGGGGCAGAUACCUGGAGUUCGAUACACCAAUGAGAAAACCACAUGGGUUGAUCUGAUUCACCGUCGGAUGGUGGUAGAAGAAUCAGACGCUCCGGUGUCAGUGUACAGCUCAGGUGGAGCUCUGUGUCGGACGGUUCACCUGCAUCUCUCUUACAGUCACUCCUGUCUGGGCCUCAACAUCCGCGGAGGACAAGAGUAUAACCUGGGCAUCUAUGUAUCAAAGCUGGAUCCCGGUGGUCUGGCAGAACAGGGCGGGGUUAAGAUGGGAGAUCAGAUCCUGUCAGCCAAUGGUGUGAGCUUUGAGAACAUCAGUCAUCAGAGAGCAGUGGAGGUGUUGAAGAGUCAACCUCAUGUUAGACUCAACAUUAAAGAGGCAGGGAGAUAUCCAGCUUUUAAAGAGAUGGUGACAGAGCUCAGCUGGGUCAAUAAAGCAGGUAGUGAAACAGUGGGUUCAUCCUCACAAGGGUCUGACUCUCUGUCGUCUGUGUCCUCGCAGUCCUCCGGCACACCGCUGGGCUCUAUGAGUGGUCUUUCCCAAGCUACUCUGCCUGUUAGUUUACCAUUAGGAGCCGAAAUGUGUGACGCGUGCAGCUCCACAGAGCUCCAGUUUCAUCCAGACUCCACUGAUAAUGACUGUCAGUCAGAGCAACAGCGGACGGUGAGCCGAGGACCCGUGGAGCUGUUGAACGACUCUGUGAUACGGAGUGAAGGAGGGACAGACGGAAGAGAGGGCGGGAAAGCAUCUCUGCUCAUGGCUCUGAGUCAACCCAGUCCUCUGAUUCGCCGAACACAAAGUCACAUGACUGCUCUAGAAGAGAAGAAACAAAGAAAAGAACACGAGACGAACAGCCCGCUGCAGCGCUCCAGAACCUUCUUCAGUCUGUUCCGGAAGAGCGAUUCCUCCAGAUCUGCGUCCCAUUCAGAGAGCAGUCGGGGCAGGUGUGAUAAGGAUUUCUGUCAUGUGAGAGAAAUGGCUUUCAGAUUGCUGGAGGAAGAAGACGUGAGAGUGCUGUUGGAGAUAUGUGAGAAGUAUUUAACAGAUGGAGAAAUACAGACGCUGGCGAACACGCUGCUGAUCACACUGAACACGCCAGAGAAACUCCUGCUGCUCAGAGAAAUCAGAACGCUGGUGUCCUCUGACGAUCUUCUGCACUUUGACCGUAUUGUGACUCCAUUUGAAGAAGAAGCUUACGAUACUCUGAAGAGUCGCUCAUGUAGAAGUUCUCCAGCACACUCGCCUCAGACAGGCCACGCCCCCACACGCCACCUCAUUCCUGCUGUAACAGAUCUCUGUAGUGGAUCAGCAGAGAACAUGAAGAAACAGACGCAGAUUCUGGAAGAUCAGCUCAGUCUGUGGUGUUAUGAAGAACAGACGUCCACAGGCUUCAGCCCUCUGCAGGACGUUCCUGUGGACUCUUACACACACACAUCAUCUAACUACACAUCUGCUCUCAUCCCCAACUGGCUCCUGACAGAGAACACACAUUCAGACUCAUCCCAGACACCUGAGAGUGCUUUGACUCAACCCGACACAAAAAGAGGACGACUUGCACUUAAGAAAGGACAUUCUGGGAUCAGGAGAGACGGCGAAGAGGGGCCGGGUCAUGAUGUUCUGUUGACUGUAGUGGACAUGCCUCGCCACAAGAGGCCGCUGCUGUCACAGGUCUUCAGUACACUUAAAAAGGCUCACAGUUCAAGUGUGUCACCUGUCGAACAGCGUGAGCAACAGCAGAGUUCAGACCGUGAUGGUCACACCGAGCCGGAGUUUGAGUUCACUUCAGUCAACAUUAGCAAAACCAAGCUGUCUCUGGGGAUCAGUAUAUCAGGCGGAGUGGAGUCCAGGGUUCAGCCGAUGGUGAAGAUCGAGAGGAUUUUCCCAGGAGGAGCGGCGUCUGCUAAUGAUGUCCUGCAGGCUGGCUUUGAGCUGGUGUCAGUGGAUGGUGUUUCUCUACAGGGCGUCACCCAUCAGAUUGCUGUGGACAUCAUACGAGAGGCAUUCAGCAAUAAAUCAAUCAACCCCAUGGAGCUCGUGGUGAAAGUACCCACAGACCCCAAAACACAUCAAACUUAAAAUGUUCUGCUAGCCUUA